AAUCCGACCAUUGCUGCUGCUGUUCUAGAUUGAAUCGAUAGAGAUUCGACUAUCUUUUCAUUGACCUUCUCCGCCCACCGCAACAGUCACCUUAUCCCCGUCCUCCGCACACCACAGGCCCCCGGGCCAAACCUCUUGUCAAGAUGUCUCUCGUCAACCUCGCCCACGUCUGCUCGCACCUGAACAAUGCCUGCAAGGCCCGUCUCGGCCUCACCUCCAUCCCCAACUCCAAGCUCCACCUGAAACUCGCCCUCGCGCUCCAAAACGACGGCUACCUCUCCUCCGUCGUCCGCGGAGGCCCGACUCCUCCCCCUGUACACCCUAUCCUCGGCAACCCGAACCCAGUCGAUGAGGUCGAAGGCAUCGAGCCCGUGACUCAAAGUAACGUCGCUACCCGACGACUCUGGCUUGGUCUGAAGUACUGGCAGAGCGAGCCCGUGCUAGGCAAGUUGAGCAUGGUUAGCAAGCCGACACGACGAGUGACGAUCGAUGUGGCUGGUCUGCGUCGGGUGAUUCGCGGUGAGCGGGAUAACACUGUUGAGGGUAUUCGCUCGCCUGGUGAGAGCUUGUACAUCUCCACGGACCGGGGUAUCUUGGAAGCUAGGGAAUGUGUGGAGAAGAAGCUGGGUGGGUUGGUCUUGUGCCGUAUUCGCUAAGGACUUUAUACGGAGAGGGAAGGAUGAUAGAUGGAUUACUUUUGAUUCUUGUGGUUUUGCAUUUAUAGCGGAGUUUGGUCAGUCGCGCUGUGUCUCAUCCCAUGCUUUGUAUGUUUUAUGUCGCGACUUUGGGAUGGAUACCUUGUAUAGUAACUAGGUGACUUCAUGUACGAUCUACCAUUUUGAAGGCCUGUUUUUCUUAUCUUUUGUGCUGGCUGCCAGUGAUGAUGGCUUGGUUGGAGCCGAUGGUCAUUGUAGG